AUGGUCCCCUGUAGUCAAACCCAGCUGGAGGAGAAGGCAGCCAAGCGCAGCCCUGAGGGGGACCAAGAUGGCAGCCUGGCCAACACCUCCGCGCCCGACACCGCUGGGGGACGUGGAGAGGGGGAGGAAGAGCCGGCGGGUGGCCUGAGAGGGGAGCUGGGGCCAGGGGCUGGCCAGCCAGAGGAAACCACCACAGAAAAGGGCCAGGAGGGCCCAGGGGGGGAUGCUGUGUCGGGCACCCUGGAGGCAGCACAUCAUGAAGGGGAUCACGGGCCUGGCUCACAAGAUGGCUCCCGGAGGGAUGAGGAGCCUGGCGCAGAGAGAGGAGCCUCUGAGGAGCCCAGGGAAGAGAAAAUGGAGGAGUCAAGAGCAGUGUCUGUUCCUGAGGGGGGAGAGCAAGGGGGCGAGCAGAGCUCGGAGGAAGAUGAUGAGCAGGGGGAGUCUGAGGAAGAGUCCAAAGAGGAGGGAGAGUCCAAGGAGGAGGGAGAGUCUGAGGAAGAUGGUGCCGGGCCGGCAGGGCCAGAGAAUGGAGCUGAAGGGAGUGACAAGGCAACAGCUGGCAGUUCCAGCAAAAAGGGCCAUGGCAAACCAGCAGCUGCUGACGAGAAGGAAGGUCUUGCCAGCUGCCACCAUCCGCCCUGUGGGGACACAGCAGAAGACCCGCCAGCAGCAGCAGAAGACCCAGCAGCAGCAGAAGACCCACAGGCAGUGGCAGAAGAUCCUCCAGCAGCAGCAGACCCCCCGGCAGUGGUGGAAAAUCCCCCACCAGCAGUGGCAGAAAACCCCCCAAGAGCAGAAGACCCGCAGGUAGUGGUGGAAGACCCACCAACAGCACAAGACCCUCCAGCAGCAGAAGACCCACCAACAGCACAAGACCCACCAACAGCACAAAACCCCCCGGCAGUAGAAGACCCCCCUGCAGACAAUCCAUCACUGGCAACAGAGAGCCCACCAGGCCACAGCACCCACCCAGCUGCCUCCGAGCUCCAGCACAGCCAGAUAGAAGAGGUUGAAGAUGCCAGCGAGCCGACCAAGCGCGACCGGUCCCACUUGGAGAACACCCUGAAGCUGAACGAGGAGAAACCCACCGAUGACGUCUCAGGAGUCCUGCAGCGGCUGAGGAAGAUCUACCACUCCUCCAUCAAGCCCCUGGAACAGUCCUACAGAUACAACGAGCUGAGGCAGCACGAGAUCACAGCUUAUCCCGGACGCACCCUGGGCUCCUCUGCCACAGAUGGGGAGAUCACUUCCAAGCCAAUGGUGCUAUUCCUGGGACCGUGGAGCGUCGGCAAAUCCUCCAUGAUAAACUACCUCCUGGGGCUGGAUGACACUCCCUACCAGCUCUACACAGGGGCAGAACCCACCACCUCCGAAUUCACUGUCAUCAUGCACGGCCCCAAGCUGAAGACUAUCGAGGGCAUCGUGAUGGCUGCUGACAGCGCCCGCUCCUUCUCUCCCCUGGAGAAGUUUGGGCAGAACUUCUUGGAGAAGCUGAUUGGGAUUGAGGUGCCCCACAAACUGCUGGAGCGAGUGACCUUUGUAGACACGCCGGGCAUCAUUGAAAACCGCAAGCAGCAGGAACGAGGUUACCCGUUCAACGACGUGUGCCAGUGGUUCAUUGACAGAGCUGACCUGAUCUUCGUUGUCUUUGACCCCACGAAGCUGGACGUGGGCUUGGAGCUGGAGAUGCUGUUCCGCCAGCUGAAGGGCCGCGAGUCCCAGAUCCGCAUCAUCCUGAACAAAGCAGACAGCCUGGCCACCCAGGAGCUCAUGAGGGUCUACGGCGCCUUGUUCUGGAGCCUGGCUCCUCUCAUCAACGUCACGGAGCCCCCCAGGGUGUACGUCAGCUCCUUCUGGCCCCACGACUACCACCCGGAUACCCACAGAGACCUGUUCCUCAAGGAGGAGAUCUCGCUGCUGGAAGAUCUCAACCAGGUGAUUGAGAACAGGAUGGAGAACAAGAUCGCCUUCAUCCGCCAACACGCCAUCCGGGUGCGCAUCCACGCCCUGCUGGUCGACCGCUACCUGCAGACCUACAAGGACAAAAUGACCUUCUUUAGCGAUGGAGAACUGGUAUUCAGGGACAUUGUGGAAGAUCCUGACAAGUUCUUUAUCUUUAAGUCCAUUCUGGCAAAGACCAAUGUCAGCAAAUUUGACCUCCCCAACCGCGAGGCUUACAAGGACUUCUUUGGCAUCAACCCCAUCACCAGUUUUAAGCUGCUGUCUCAGCAGUGUUCCUACAUGGGAGGGUGUUACCUGGAGAAGAUCGAGAAGGCCAUCACCCGUGAGCUUCCCGAUCUCCUGGGAAGCAUUGGCCUGGGGAAGAAGCCCAAUGUGCUCUCCUGUGAUGUCACUGGCUGUGGCGAAACCCCAAAGAAUCGCUACAAGAAGCACUAAAGGUGUUUGGAAUGGAUGUGUCCACGUGUUCCUACUGGUGAAUGAGCUUAUGUCUUAUCUGUCCAAGAAGCCGUGCUUGGGUAACCCUUUGAGUGCUGCACUGGCAGAGGCCACUGUACGAGG